CUCCGUUGUGGACACGUCAAAAGCUGCAGGAAGAAGUGCGCGCUUUACAAUUGCAUUUUGACAAUUUUCCGCCGCAAUGCAAGCAGGACAACCAAUGACCAAUGCAUCUGGCAAAGCAGCUUCCGCUGUGUUCAAGUUGUGGGUGAUACUGUAUAUGCUGCUAAGUGCUGUACAAUAUCCUCAAACGGUUGAAGCCACAGAUGAUGUUGCAAAUAUUUCACCAUAUGAGCUGGAAUCAAUAAUAAAUCAACUGCUGAAUCCCAGCCCAGAAUAUCAGUUGCAUACUUCGGCCUUACGAAAUCAACUGAACAAUAUAUUACGCGAACGACAAUUGCCUUAUGGUGAGGAACAGGUCCUUAGUGAUUACGAUUAUACCGAUGAGGAUAAGCGUUCUGUUGCAUCUUUGGCAGCACAAGGUUUGUUGCAUGGAAAUAAGCGUAGUUUGGCUACACUGGCUAAAAAUGGUCAGUUACCAACACCAGAACCAGAAGAGGAACUGGAAACAGCUGCAACACGCAACGAGGACAAACGGUAUGUUGGUGCACUAGCACGUUCUGGCGGAUUUAUGGGAUAUGGAAAACGUAACAUAGGCACUCUGGCACGAGAUUUUCAACUACCACAAAAUGGUAAACGCAAUUUAGCGACAAUGGCACGCUUGGGCUUGUUAACUCCGAAUCACGAUCCAAAACGUAAUGUGGCCUCAGUGGCACGUUUCAAUUCGAAUCGUUUGGGUGCUGCAGAAAAACGUAAUUUAGGCGCACUUAAAGGCUCUCCGGUACAUGGUAGUCAACAGAAACGUGAGGAUGAAGAACUAAUGUUACCAGCUGCAGCACCAAGCAAUGAUAUGGAUUAUGCCGAGCCUAUGCAAAGUUAUUGGUGGUAUCCAAACUAUGCCGGCUAUGCGGACUUAGAUUGGGGCGAUUUUGCGCGUGCACAAAAACGUUUUCUCGAUACAUCCAAGGAUCCUGAAUUAUUUGGCAUUGAGAAUGCUAUGUCUAUGCAGGAAUUGGUGCCUGGCGAAGAAGAAUCAACACCUGAACUAUUGCAAGAGCAAAAACGUCAUAUUGGCGCUGUUUAUCGUUCCGGGUUUUUGCCCUCCUAUCGUGCAUUGCGCAGCACAACUGGCAAUGAGAUAGGCACCGGUGGACGCUUUAGUCGUUCCGGACGUGCCAGGCAAUUUGUAUGAGUCGAGUACUACCCCCAACGCGAGCGACUGCGUCAACCCAUCGCGGCCGUUUGUAAACGUUGCUUUCUACCCUAUCGACCUGUUGUAAAUUGGGGUGCGGCUGGUAUACGAGGACGUAUUCCGAAAUAUGUUGCAGAAGAGGAAACAAGCAUCUUAACAAAUUCCUUACCAUCUGGAAGACGCCAUCCAGUGGCAUCAGCCUCAACACAUACUUGGGGUACACCUCCCCGUAUAACAGCUUUGCAUCGCAGAGAUCUACGUCGGCCCGAUUUUUUGGAUAACUAUGAAUCUUAAUAUGGUGAAAAAUAA